AUGACACAGGCCGAAUCUUCCUCGAGCGCGGCACGCAGUGGCGCCAAAGCUGUCACUGCCGGUGCCCCAACAGAUUACGAGCUUCCUUGGGUUGAGAAAUACCGUCCUAUUUUCCUCGAUGAUAUCGUCGGCAACACUGAAACUAUUGAACGGUUGAAGAUUAUCGCGAAAGAUGGCAACAUGCCUCACGUUAUUAUCUCUGGCAUGCCGGGUAUUGGAAAGACGACUUCGGUUCUAUGUCUUGCCCGGCAAUUGCUCGGUGAUUCCUAUAAAGAGGCUGUUCUUGAGCUAAACGCAAGUGAUGAGAGAGGUAUCGAUGUGGUUCGUAACCGCAUCAAGGGCUUUGCUCAGAAGAAGGUCACACUGCCCCAGGGUCGUCACAAGCUUGUCAUACUCGAUGAAGCGGAUAGCAUGACACCCGGUGCCCAACAAGCUCUGCGCCGCACAAUGGAGAUCUACUCAACCACGACUCGAUUCGCCUUCGCUUGCAACCAAUCGAACAAGAUCAUUGAACCCCUUCAAUCACGUUGUGCCAUUCUUCGUUAUGCCCGUCUGACCGAUGCGCAGGUCGUUAAGCGACUGAUGCAAAUCUGUGAGGCGGAGCAGGUCAAGCACUCUGAAGAUGGAAUUGCCGCACUGGUCUUCAGCGCAGAGGGUGAUAUGCGUCAAGCAAUCAACAACCUGCAAAGUACUUGGUCGGGCUUUGGCUUUGUCAGUGGAGACAAUGUGUUCCGCGUUGUUGAUAGUCCUCACCCUGUCAAGGUGCAGGCUAUGAUCAAGGCAUGCUGGGAGGGCAAGGUUGACUCCGCACUGGCGGGUCUCAAUGAGCUAUGGGCUCUUGGCUAUUCUUCUCAUGAUAUCAUCAGCACUAUGUUCCGAGUCACUAAGACUAUCCCGACACUUUCGGAGCAUUCCAAAUUAGAGUUCAUUCGAGAGAUUGGGUUUACGCACAUGCGUAUUCUCGAUGGUGUGCAGUCACUUCUGCAGCUGAGCGGCUGUGUCUCGAAGCUUUGCAAGAUCAACAUGAAGCCUGAGCUUUUCCAGCCUCCGAAGGCCUAA